GAAGCCAUGGCAACCCCUGCACCCACAUCGCACACCUUGCAGGCCCUUCUGCUGGGCCUCAUGGCCGCCGUCCUCCACGCUGUGGCGGGGGCUCCGAAGGGGAAGGCCACGCCGAUGCCGCCCGUGGCCAAAGCAAGACCCAGGCCUGCCGCAGCCAACCCAGCGAUGCAGGAGCUUUCCAAAGGCCGCAGGCCACCACAGCCGAAGGCGCCCCUCUCGGCCUGCCGGAAGGAUUCCAGUGAGGUUGGGAGUACCGCGACGCCUCCGACCAGCAACGACGCAGCCAGCAGCGAUGUGGCCGCGAGCAGUGACCGGGGAUUGGAGUCCGACUCGGACGCGCGUUAG